UUUUUUUUUUUUUUGGACUGUAGUUCUUCUUUUCUUCUUCUCUCCUCCAUUCUCUUUGUAUUGCCGCCAACCUCACCUUGGCUCCUUGCGUUGGGCAAUUGCGUUUCUUGUUGGGUGGCAAUCACUGCCAGAAUUGUCCCAAACCACUGGUCUGACGUCGGAGUAAGAAGUUCCCUCUGCGUACUCCGGCCUACCUCCCCAGACCAGUUUUCUCUCUCCCCCUCCGUACACCGUACGCAUACUUCUAGCCCAAAUUCCCUCGUCGGUGGGCAAUUGGCUACACUCCCUCGCAGAAAUGCGCUCCGCGUGCGUCAGGGCAGCGUGCUCUGUCCGCCAGCUCGCCCCUCGACCGUGUCGACCAUUCCCCAGGCCCUGGACCGCAUAUCCCCUUAAACCCGCAGCUCAAUUGCCUCUAUGCCGUGCCUUCCACGGCAAUGGCGCCGCCGAAGAUGUCCUGGAACCCCGUCCAGGCGCUAGCAAACACCUAUCUUCCGUCUUCCAAGACCUCGAUACUUUUCCCCGCCGUCACAUAGGCCCCUCGGCCAAAUCAGUGGAGCAGAUGCUCGCCGCACUGGACCCUCCUGUCAAAUCCCUCGACGAAUUCGUCAAGCAAGUCAUACCCCCCGAUGUUCUGUCAUCAAGGAAUCUCAAGAUCCGGGGGAUACAGGAGUCGGACCAGUCCACCUCCAGGGGCGUCUCCGAAUCUCAACUCCUGAAGGAGCUGGAGGAGGUCAUGAGCCAUAAUCACCCCGAUGUCAGCUUCAUUGGUUGCGGUUAUGCCGGAACGAAGGUCCCCGAAGUCAUCAAGCGCAAUGUCUUUGAGAAUCCAGCUUGGUACACUAGCUACACUCCCUACCAGCCCGAGAUAAGUCAGGGAAGGUUGGAGUCAUUACUCAACUACCAGACCAUGUGCAGCGAUCUGACCGGUCUUGCGAUCGCAAACGCCUCCGUUUUGGAUGAGCCCACCGCUGCCGCCGAGGCCAUGACCCUCUCCAUGGGCGUCCUGCCCUUGUCCCGCCAGAAGCUUCCGAACAAGACCUAUCUCGUCUCAAGCACCUGUCACCCGCAGACGAUCGCCGUGUUGCAGUCUCGAGCCGAAGGGUUUGGCAUCAAGAUCGAAGUCUGCGAUAUCCUGAAAGAUGAUUGCCACAGAGUCGACGAGCUGGGCAAAGACUUGGUGGGAGUUCUGGUUCAGUACCCAGAUACGGAAGGCGGUGUCUAUGAUUACCGGAAACUGGCUGAGAAGGUUCACAAGCAUCAUGCUCUUCUGAGCGUGGCCACUGAUCUGCUGGCUCUGACCGUGUUGACACCACCCGGGGAGUUCGGUGCCGACAUCGCCUUCGGAAACGCUCAACGGUUCGGUGUACCGCUGGGAUACGGUGGGCCCCAUGCCGCUUUCUUUGCUUGUUCAGAUAAACACAAGCGCAAGAUUCCCGGUCGAUUGAUCGGUCUCUCCAAAGACAGGCUUGGCAACCCUGCCGCACGUCUUGCGCUGCAGACCAGAGAGCAACAUAUCCGUCGCGAGAAGGCAACAAGCAAUAUCUGCACUGCGCAGGCGCUGUUGGCAAAUAUGAGUGCUUUCUAUGCCAUCUACCACGGCCCGAACGGAUUGAGAGAUAUCGCCCACAACGUCAUCGCCAAGACGCGGUAUAUCCAGAGCGCCAUCGCGGAAGCCGGCUUCCAAACAGGACGACGCGGACACAUGAAUAAUGAGCCCGCCGCUUUUGACACCUUCGUCGUAGAGAGCGGUUCGAAGACGGAUGCUAUCAUUGCACAUCUUCGCGAAAGUUGUUUGCAUGUGCGGAAAAUUGACGACGGUCACAUUGGAAUCACAGUGGACGAGACCACAAGUGAGAAAUCUGCGUCUACGCUGAUCAACGGCUUCAGGAACUUUGGGAACUCUUCAGCAUCCGACAAGGACACAUCGAGCUUCGAGAAGACGCACGAUGUUGAGGUCCCAGCCGCGUUCAAGAGGCAGUCCCCAUAUCUCACCCAUCCAGUCUUUAACUCCUAUCACUCCGAGACGGAACUCCUUCGAUACAUUUACCAUCUCCAGUCCAAGGAUUUGUCCCUCGUACACUCCAUGAUUCCACUAGGAUCCUGCACGAUGAAGCUGAACGCAACCACCGAGAUGGUUCCGGUUACUUGGUCUACCGUGUCCAAUCUCCACCCGUUUCUCCCGCUGGAUAGGGCUCAGGGUUAUGCGAAGUUGAUCAGGCAGCUCGAGGCCGACCUGGCGGAGAUUACAGGAUUCCAUGCUGUGUCUCUGCAGCCAAACUCUGGCGCACAAGGCGAAUUCACUGGCCUUAGGGUCAUCAGGAAGUACCACGAGGAAAAGGGCCAGAAGAACAGGGAUAUCUGUUUGAUCCCUGUUUCCGCCCACGGAACCAACCCCGCAAGCGCGGCCAUGUGUGGCAUGAGAGUCGUGCCCAUCAAGUGUGAUCCCCUAACCGGAAACCUGGAUAUGGAAGACCUGAAGGCCAAAUGCCAGAAGCACAGCGACGAGCUCGGCGCCAUCAUGAUCACCUACCCCAGCACCUUCGGCGUCUUCGAACCCCAGAUCAAAGCCGUUUGUGACCUGAUUCACCAACACGGCGGCCAAGUCUACAUGGACGGCGCAAACAUGAACGCGCAAAUCGGCCUCUGCUCCCCGGGCGAAAUCGGAGCCGAUGUCUGCCACCUGAACCUCCACAAGACUUUCUGCAUUCCUCACGGCGGCGGUGGUCCUGGCGUGGGCCCCAUCGGCGUAGCCAAACACCUCGCUCCCUUCCUCCCUGGCCAUUUGCGCGGCGAGACAGGCGGCGACAAGGCGAUCGCGCCCGUCAGCGGGGCCCCCUGGGGCAGUGCCAGCAUCCUGCCCAUCAGCUAUGCAUAUAUCAAAAUGAUGGGUGCCGUUGGCCUCACCCAAGCCACAAAGGUCACCCUGUUGAAUGCAAACUACAUCCUCGCGCGCCUGAAACCGCACUACCCCAUUGUCUACACCAAUGCGAACGGCCGCUGCGCCCACGAAUUCAUCCUCGACGCCCGUAAGUUCAAGGACACGGCCGGAAUCGAAGCCAUUGACAUCGCCAAGCGCCUCCAGGACUACGGCUUCCACGCGCCCACCAUGUCCUGGCCCGUCGCCAACACGCUCAUGAUCGAGCCCACGGAAUCCGAGUCCAAGGAGGAACUCGAUCGAUUCUGCGACGCCCUCAUUUCCAUCCGCAAGGAAAUUGCGGCGGUGGAGAGGGGCGAGCAACCGCGCGAGGGCAAUGUGCUGAAGAUGGCGCCGCAUAGUCAGCAGGACUUGCUGAGGGGAGAGUGGGACAGGCCGUAUUCGAGGGAGGAGGCGGCGUACCCGCUGCCGUAUCUGAGGGAGAGGAAGUUUUGGCCGGCGGUGACGAGGUUGGAUGAUGCUUAUGGCGAUACCAAUCUCUUCUGUACGUGUGCGCCUGUCGAGGAGGAGUAGGAUAUCAGCGGUGCGGCUGUGCCGACAUUCACGUAGUUAACGGUGAGUUCAGCGGGUUCAGCGAUUCUUUCCUAAGGUACCGUGCAUAACGAAGCCUCUUUGUCUUUUCCAUCGCAUGCAUGCAUUUUCAACACCAUGCCAGCAUCAGCACCGGAGCGGGAGUUGGGGACGGGCGAAUCUAGUCUUCUUCAACAAAGCAUGAAGCUUGCACAUGGGCAUCUUCGAAUUGGAGUUUUGGAGCAGGGAAAAAGUUCAGAUAUGUCUGUCGGAUUUCGUUUACUAUAUAGACCUCAACACUUCCUGCGAAGGAUCUCUACUACAUGUAGGAAGAAGGAGCAUUCAACAUUCAACAUAUGGCGCGUGGGCAGAAUUGAUAGAGAUUUAAGUGGUAAUCAAUAUUCGUGGCGCUACCGCUCAAUGUAGCUUGCUGCUGCUUAUUGU